CAUGCACAGAGGAUUGCCCUGGUUGCCGCCGAUCACGUCCCAGGCCUCCGAUCACGAACACGAUGACAUAGCCAUGAGCUUUGCCGAUACGGUGUUCGGCUUUUCUGAGGACGUUCACUCCUCGUCAUCCGACUCCGAUCAGUACUCUCAAGAGGACGUCGACGACCACGAUGACACUUUAUGUGCCGCCAAAUCAAACAAGGGUUUCUGGGACCAACAACAUCAACUUCUCCAGGCCACUUUAUGCAGGACAGGCUCCUUUGAGACAAAAAUUAGGCAGGCCACGAAGACGGCUUUAAGAGAAUUAAGUACAUCGGGCAUGAAGUGUACUUGCCGGCAAGUGGCGGCCAAUAAGGGCUGCCGGAGUUGCUUGCAGAGAGAAAUUUGUUAUCGCCUCUUGGAACUUGGCUACAAUUGUGCCAUUUGCAAAUCGAAAUGGAGCAGUUCAUCGAAAAUCCCCUCGGGGGAACAUACUUACCUGGAAGUGGUUGACAAGUCAAACACCAAAAGAGAUGUAAGAGUGGUAAUUGAGCUGAACUUUCCAGGCGAGUUUGAGAUGGGUCGGGCUAACGAAGAAUAUAACCGAUUAGUUGGCCGACUACCGGAAGUGUAUGUGGGAAAAGUGGAGAGACUACAAGUGUUAGUUAAGAUUUUGUGUUCAGCCGCCAAACAAUGCAUGAAGGAAAAGAAAAUGCACUUAGGACCAUGGAGGAAACAGAAAUACAUGCAAGCUAAGUGGCAUGGCACGUGUGAUAGGUCCACGCCGGCACGGCCGCUACCGACCGGGUACUCAGUCCGCCGGCCACAGAGACUUAAAGCUUCCCUACUCACUUGUGAUUUACUCGAAAACAUCUCUGACUUGCACCGAACUGUGGUUGAGGCGGUUUAAGAUAUUGGAGACGAACAAGAGUUUUGGCUCCCUUGUUUAAUUUUCAA